GUGGGAUUCGAACCCGCGGCCCCCGCGGUGCUGCGCUCCGCCCCGGGCGGGAUUCGAACCCGCGGCCCCCGCGGUGCUGCGCUCCGCCCCGGGCGGGAUUCGAACCCGCGGCCCCCGCGGUGCCGUUCCGCCCCGGGCGGGAUUCGAACCCGCGGCCCCCGCGGUGCUGCGCUCCGCCCCUCCCCGCCCCGCGGCCUCACAAAAUGGCGGCGCUGCGCGGGACGCGGGUGAGGGGUGCUCCCCACAGCGGUGCGCUGUGGGCGCAGGCUGCUGUCGGGGGGGGGCCGCCCCACACGUGCAGCACGGGACCCUCACGGGGGGCUUCAGCUUUGAGCUGAGCCCACAGCAGAAGGAGUUCCAGGCCACGGCGCGGCGCUUUGCCCUGGAGGAGAUCAUCCCCGUGGCAGCACAGUAUGACCGGACCGGAGAGUACCCCAUGCCGCUGAUCAAACGUGCCUGGGAGCUGGGGCUGCUCAACGCACACAUCCCCGAGAGCUGCGGCGGGCUGGGCCUGGGCAGCUUCGAGGCGUGCCUCAUCACGGAGGAGUUGGCGUACGGCUGCACCGGCGUCCAGACGGCCAUGGAGGCCAAUUCCCUCGGGCAAAUGCCGCUGAUCAUCGCGGGCAACGAGCGGCAGCAGCGCAAAUACCUGGGCAGGAUGACGGAGGAGCCCAUCAUGUGUGCCUACUGCGUGACGGAGCCCGGCGCCGGCUCCGAUGUGGCCGGCAUUCAAACCAGAGCGGAGCGGAAGGGCGAUGAGUACAUCGUCAACGGGCAGAAGAUGUGGAUCACCAACGGAGGCAAAGCCAGCUGGUACUUCCUGCUGGCCCGCACCCACCCGGACCCAUCCGCGCCGGCCAGCAAAGCCUUCACGGGUUUUGUGGUGGACGCCGACAGCCCCGGGAUCCACGUGGGGCGGAAGGAGCUGAACAUGGGGCAGCGCUGCUCGGACACGCGCGGCAUCGCCUUCGAGGACGUGAGGAUCCCGAAGGACAACGUGCUGCUGGCCGAGGGCGCCGGCUUCAAGAUCGCCAUGGGGGCCUUCGACAGGACCGCGCCCGUGGCGGCCGGCGCGGUGGGCCUGGCCAGGCGGGCGCUGGAUGAGGCCACCCGCUACGCGCUGCAGAGGAAGACCUUCGGGAAGCCCAUCGUGGAGCACCAGGCCGUGUCGUUCCUGCUGGCCGAGAUGGCCAUGAAGGUGGAGCUGGCCCGCCUGGCCUACCAGCGCGCCGCCUGGGAGGUGGACGUGGGGCGCCGCAAUACCUUCAUGGCGUCCAUCGCCAAAGCCUUCGCCGCCGACGUGGCCAACCAGGCGGCCUCCGACGCCGUGCAGAUCUUCGGUGGCAGCGGCUUCAACUGCGACUUCCCCGUGGAGAAGCUGAUGAGGGACGCCAAGAUCUACCAGAUCUACGAGGGCACGGCUCUCCAACGCCUCAUCAUCGCCCGGGAGCACCUCAACAAAUUCGGGGCCGCACAUUUAGUGCCGUUCCCCCCCAAUUUCGGCCGCUUUCGG